AAAUAAUUUAUUUAGAAUUUGUGGAAAACCACUAAAAUAAAUUUGUUACUUCUUGCGAAAAACAUAAUUUUAGAUAAACACAAUUGAUUAAAGUAUAAAUCAGGCUCAAAAUGGUCGUUUCACCUCAAAGCCCCGCGAGCGAGUCUCAAAGCGCACAAGUCAAGAAAGGCAAUAUGGCUACCAAACAAUCUUCUGUGGCAGACACUAGAGCAGAAUUAGCAGAGCUCGUUAAACGGAAGGCUGAAGUGGCUGAAACUCUAGCUAGUCUGGAAAAGCAAAUCUAUGCCUUUGAGGGUUCAUAUUUGGAAGACACACAGUUGUAUGGUAACAUCAUAAGAGGUUGGGAUCGGUAUUUGACUACCAACAAAAGUACAAACUCUAAAGCAGACAAAAGAAAUAGAAAAUUCAAGGAGGCUGAGAGAUUGUUUUCAAAAUCAUCCAUUACUUCUAUUGCUGCUGUAAGUGGACUGGUUGAUCCAGCUGACCCAAAAAAUGAAAGAAAUAGUGAAACCGAGUCGCAGACUAAUGAAGAUUCAUCAGACACCCAACUGAGCAGCAAUAUGGCAAUUGGAAGCUUGAAUCAUACAACCAUACAUGGCUCUACAGAAAGCAUCGCCUCUAAACCAUCUGGUAAACAACAUACUAAUGGUGGUAUCGAAAAAACUAUGAGCACAUUGCUGGCUAAACAAAAUGUUACACCAAAAAUGAAUACAUCUGGUAUCGUUCAUCAAAAAAGCUAUCCAAGUGACACAAAAAUGUUAGCUGCAGUCGGACUAGACAGUCGUCCUGGCACUCCGAAAGACAAGGAUCUCAGCAUGUUAACUAAGGGAGACUCUACACCAAACUCUCUGAAACAUAAGCUAUCUAGUAGUAGUAGUGGUAGCGUAAAGAAAAGCAACAACAAAAAAGCAAGGCACCGGUAAACAAAUGAGUGUAGGAGAUUAAUUAAACUGCAAGAGAUUCAAUUUUUAUAAUAUUUCUUAUUUGGAUUUAGCUAGCCUUUAAUAAUGCAGUAAAAUAAUAAUAAUGUUAAAUAAAAAUUUGAUGACAACACUUUUUAACCUAACAAUUCUAAAAGGAUAUUAAUUUUAUCACAUUUGUAAGUCACUUAAUAAUUAAAUACAUUUAAAUACAUAAUUUUACAUUAAUAAUAAUCUGUCACUUCUAGAAAAUGUCCUUAAACUUAACUAGUUUUCAGAGAAGUACUGUUUGAAUCUUGAAUCUGAAACAAUGGUAAUUUUUAAUUACAAAAUUAUAUCAAUCCUUCGAUUGUGGAUUCUUGGAAAUCUAUUGUGUCUUGCUCACUGGUGAGCUUGAUGGGUUAAGCCAUUUUAUAGUAUAUUUAUUUUAUUACGAUUAUAAGGCUAUUGUACAUACCUUUGAGUACUGUAACUUGUAAACCUCCAACAGGUCUACAAAAUCUUACUGCCAAAUAAAAUAUCAAUGGUAAACUUGAAAUUAUUCCAG